GUCUGCUGUGCGACCUACAGUGUGUGGAAGUUAUCAGUACAUCCCGCAGUCUUGAACAACUCUCAGCUGUGGUGUUUGUAGCGCAUUGCAGGACGAUGGUGAAUUGCUUGCUCGAAGUAACCCGCUACCAAUGGCUGGGUGCGAUCGUGUUGGUGCUGCUCGUAGUACCAGGCUAUGGCGGAAGACACUCUUUCCGACAGCUGUGCAUCACCGAGGAGCAGCAGCGCGGACGCUGCGUACCGGUGAAACAGUGCGACAGUGUGAUGACUACGCUGCGCAAAGACACGCUCACGCCUGAAGACAUCCAAUAUCUGUACGGUACGGAGUGCGGUCGAACGGCGGAAGGAAAGGCUCUCGUCUGCUGUCCCCAGAGUUCGCUAGUCCCGGUGGGAGGACCGACGGAGAGCGGCAUCAACACAACGAUCCGAGUGAACGCCGAAGAGAAACAACCCACAGGAACCGACCUGGAAGUUGCUCCCAACGCUUGCGGAUUGCAAUCGGCAGUGAAGCUGACAAAUUUCUCCAUCGGGCAUCAUCCUUGGACGGUGCUGCUUCACUACGGUGGUCAGGCCCACAGUACCCAGUUUAACUGCAGUGGCACGCUUAUCGCACCGAGCUACGUACUAACUUCGGCAAGCUGUGUGGACGAUGAGGCGGCGUGGAAUAACUUAACCGUACGGCUUGGCGAGUGGGAUCUCGAAUCGACGGUCGACUGUAUUCUUAACCCCGACAGUGACGAUCUCGUCUGUGCCGACCCAUCGUACGAUGUACCGGUGGUGCAGGUGAUCCUGCACGAAGCAUAUACCGGACGGCGGAACGAUAUUGCACUGCUGAAGCUGGCUCAACCGGCGCAGCUAAACGAUUGGGUUAGUCCGAUCUGCUUGCCCGAGUCGCCUGUGUUGAACGAAACGGCGAAGUACGGUGCGGCCGGUUGGAACCAGAACACUUGCGCGGAUCCAAGCAGCCGGUACAAGCAACUGUCCAGCUAUGAUGCACUCAGCCAGAAGGCUUGCGAGCGGUACGUUCCAUCGGUAGCGGGCACCUCGUACGGAUUUGUGUGUGUCGCAGUCGGGGAGGAGCAGCCGCUGGGUGAUGCUGGCGGUGGAUUGACGGCAGUGAGAACGAUCGACACUGCCGGACGCUCGGUGCACGAGCUGGUCGGUGUGCUGAGCUCACUGUCGAGCUGUGCCAACUUUCAGGGUGUUUCCGUUUACACGCGAGUGGCGCAGUACGUGGAUUGGAUCGAGCGCAAGCUAGUAGCGUCGUCUGAUGGAGCUUAACUCACAUCACACUAAUUGUAAUAGAUAAUUACUUUUUUUUAAUCGUACGUACACACUUAAAUGGUAAAGCUUAUGUAGCGAUAACUUGCUAACUGAAUAAAUCACACACGCGACAGGUGCAA